AUGCUUCACAUGCAGCGAGCCCUGGUCGGCUCUGCUCGCUCUCGCUCGACUCCACUACACUCGCAGCUGCGACAUGUCCCUUGCAAUCAUGCAAAUGUCUCCCUCCAGGCGCAAUACAGAGCCCCGAAACGCUCAAUCUUCUACCAGACCUCCCAGCCACACCCUCGCGCUACCCGAAGACAUGUGCCGAUAUCGACGACGAAAUGCCUCCAACUACGAUUCGCAUCGACCACAGAGACGGUCAAACAGAUACCUAAUCAGCCCAACUCGCGCAUAGUACGAUGGGCGUACAAGGCUUUGGCCUCGCUGGGCUUGUUCAUUGUUAUGAGCGGUGGCUUGGUCGUGGCAUUCUUCAUCUACGAUGCAACGACAUACCGCGAAGAGCCGGGAUCGACAGAUCUCACCGUUUCUGAGAUGGCAUUGCAUCCGCGCAAGGGUGGACCAAAGAACCUGCCGAUCGCGGAAUAUUUUGUCGACGAUGAGGAAGAUGACGAGAUGAGAGAAGCUAAACACAAACCAAAACUUGUCAUUCUGGGAACGGGAUGGGGCAGCGUCGCUAUGUUGAAGCAAUUGGUGCCUGGCAACUACCAUGUCACAGUCGUCUCGCCCUCCAAUCACUUCUUGUUCACGCCAAUGCUUCCAUCUGCCACCGUCGGUACGCUGGAAUUCCGAAGUCUGGUUGAGCCCAUCCGCAAGAUCGUCAGGCGCAUCAAGGGUCAUUUCUUGAAGGCCCAUGCGGUGGAUGUAGACUUCUCCAACAAGCUAGUGGAGCUGGAAUCACUGGGCCCGGAUGGGGAAAAGCAACGCUUUUAUCUGCCAUACGACAAGCUUGUCAUUGGCGUCGGCUCUACCUCCAAUCCACACGGCGUCAAGGGAUUGGAACACUGCCACUUCUUGAAGGACAUCUCCGAUGCACGAAAGAUUCGCAAUGCCGUUGUUAGGAAUUUGGAGAUCGCAUGUCUGCCUACUACACCCGACGAUGAGCGUAAGCGACUCCUAUCAUUCGUCAUCUCCGGUGGUGGACCAACUGGUGUCGAAUUUGCUGCCGAACUCUACGAUAUGCUAAACGAAGAUCUGAUCAAGUUCUACCCCAGACUGCUGCGGAACGAGAUCUCAGUGCAUGUGAUUCAGUCUAGAGGACACAUCCUGAACACCUACGACGAAGCUCUCAGCAAAUACGCUGAAGACCGACUUGCGCACGACGACGUCGAUAUACAGACUAAUGCACGGGUGAAGGAGGUCAGGGAAGACCGCAUCUUGUUCACGCAGAAAGGCGAGGAUGGGAAAGCUGUGACCAAAGAGCUACCAAUGGGAUUCUGUCUCUGGUCCACUGGUGUGUCGCAAACAGACUUCGCGCAGAACCUUGCCAAGAAGUUUGACAGCCAGAAUAACCACCAUGCUCUUGAAACGGACACCCAUCUGCGCCUUGCCGGAGCCCCACUGGGAGAUGUCUAUGCCAUUGGCGACUGCAGCACCGUCCAAAACAAUGUGUCAGAUCACAUCGUCACAUUCCUGCGCACACUAGCCUGGGAGAAGGGUAAGGACCCGGCGACAAUGACAAUCAGCUAUGCCGAGUGGUGCGAGGUUGCUAAGCGAGUGAGGACACGCUUCCCUCAAGCGAACGAUCAUCUGCGAAGACUGGGCAAGCUCUUCGAGCAGUACGACAAAGACAAGAGCGGUAGCCUCGACUUUGGCGAGCUUAGUGAGCUUCUCAAGCAGAUCGAUAGCAAGCUCACAUCCCUUCCCGCUACGGCGCAACGCGCGAAUCAGCAAGGCGAAUAUCUCGCACGCAAGAUGAACAAGCUCGCCCAAGUGGAAUAUGGCAUGAAGCUAAACGAUAUUGUCGAGGGUGAUAUUGAUGAGGCAGCAUACAAGGCGUUUGAAUAUCGCCACAUGGGCAGUUUGGCUUACAUUGGCAAUGCUGCGAUCUUCGACUUUGGCGGCCGGGGAUUCGGAGGUGGAUUGCUCGCUGUGUACUUGUGGAGAAGUAUUUACUUCGCACAGAGUGUCAGUCUGCGCACUCGUAUGCUUUUAGCGAUGGACUGGAGCAAGCGGGCGCUUUUCGGCAGAGGUGAGUAUCGUCGACAGGUAGCGACAAGUAAUUUGCUAACGCUUUACAGAUAUGAUGAAUUACUAG